AUGACACGACGCAUAGUGAGCAUGCGACCAACCCCAGGGCGAUGCAGGAAGAGAGAAAACUGACGGCGCUGGUUAGAUCCGGGCCAGUGCCCAAUUCUGCGCCUUCGUCUUCGUUGUUUUGAUUCUGGUCUUUCUUGCCGAUUCGCGCUACCGCGUUCUGCCCAACUCGCUCCAUCAAGCACUGCCUUCGCACCAUGCCGGCUCCGUCAUUACCGAUGUCACGAUCGCAUUCUGCUCCUCCGUCAACCCCCUGUCGUCGUGUCGACUGGAUCCUAACGUGUGGAAUAGGGUGGAGAAAGACCUGUAUCUGGGAAAUGGCUGGUUGAGUAGCGCAUACUUGCACGUGCAGCGAAAGAAGGAGGAGCAGCUGACAGCGAAGGACAAAGUCGUUAUGGGCGUCAAAAUCAGCCGAAUGGACCCGUCGCAGGGGCAACGUGAAGAUGACAAUGAGAUAUGGGAAAGCAGGCCGGGAGGGAUAUACAUCAGCAGGAGCAGCAAGCGCCAUGACAGCGACUCGGACAGGGCCGUCACAGCCAUCGACGUACUGUUUGGAUCGGAUGCAGUGGACCCUCGGCUAGGCUGGCAAUUGCAGCAGAUGCCUCUCCUCGUCGAUGGCGGCGAUGCAAUGCGGUCACCGCGGCUCAGUGUGCGACACGGGCGGCCCAAGACGGACACCAGUCCUCCGACUCCUCGCGUGAGGAAAGAUGGCAAGUUCAAGAUCCUACAAAUAUCUGAUGCGCACCUGUCGACUGGCGUGGGGGCGUGUAGGGAUGCGAUCGGCCCUGGAAACGAAGCAAGCGCGCAUUGUGAAGCGGAUCCACGGACUCUGGAGUUUGUCGAGAGCAUACUGGACGAUGAAAAGCCUGAUCUUGUGGUCCUCUCCGGCGAUCAGGUAGAAGGUCCAAUGGCUCCAGACACGCAAAGCGCGAUAUUCAAGAUCGCCGCUCCCCUCAUAGAACGCUCCAUUCCGUACGCCGCUAUCUUCGGCAAUCAUGAUAACGAAGGAAUCCAUUCCCUACCAAGGGCAGUGCAAAUGGUACUCAUGGAGAAUCUUCCGUUCAGCCUGGCGCGGCGAGGUCCUGAAGAGCUGGCAGGCGUGGGCAAUUACUAUGUCGAGGUACUCGCGCCUGGCUCGCAGCAUUCCGCGCUCACAGUAUAUCUUCUGGACACGCACUCACUCACUCCCGAUGAGAAGCAUUACAGAGGUUACGAUUGGCUGAAGCAGGACCAGAUUAACUGGUUUCAGAGAACGGCGCAGGGACUGAAGAAGAACCAUGGAAAGUAUAGCCAUAUCCACAUGGACAUGGCCUUUAUCCACAUACCUCUUCCGGAAUUUGGCGAUCGCAGCAACAAGUGGACAGCUGGGCGCUGGGCUGAGCCCGUGACGGCUCCAGGAUUCAACAGCCACUUUUAUGAUGCGCUCGCAGAGGAGGGCGUGGUGGCAGUGGGAUGUGGGCACGACCACGUGAAUGAUUAUUGUGCAUUGCGGCCCCACAAGGCGACGACACGGGACGAUAAGGCUGAAGCCAACACCAACCAGCAUCCCGCAGCAACGGAUAAAAAGGAUCAUCUGGGCCCUUGGAUGUGCUACGCGGGUGGAUCCGGGUUUGGGGGCUACGGAGGCUAUGGUGGCUUCCACCGGCGGGUCAGGGUGUGGGAGAUGGACACGAACGCUGGGCGUUUGGUGACUUGGAAGCGCGUGGAAUGCUGCGGCGCGGAGACGAAGGAGAAAGUUGACGAGAUUACGCUGGUCGAAGGCGGAACCGUGAUUGCGCCUCCAUGA